UCUCGUACAAGCGAUAAUCCUCUGUCCGCGAUCAGAACGUCACGAUAUACUUGUUGCAAAAUCGCGCAUUAAACAGUGUGAUCUUACAAGCUCGAGAUAUCGCGCGACAAGGUCGAGAACGCGAAGUGAAAAGAAAGAGUAGCAGUUUCGCGGGAAAUUCGUUGUCAUUAAAAUUUCGAAUUGUGACGAGAAAACUAUGUUCGUCGAGUCCGAAGAUGAUAUCGUUAUUUCAGGUUUCGCCGGUAGAUUUCCGGCGUGUGAAAAUAUUAGAGAUCUUGAGAAAGCUUUGUUUACUAAAGCAGAUCUUGGAACGGUUGACAAACGAGAAUGGAUUCACGAUUAUCCAGAUGUACCGCAACGCAUUGGGAGAACUAAAAAUUUAAGUAAAUUCGAUGCGAAUUAUUUUGACGUUCCCGCCAAUCAGGCGCAUCAGUAUGAUCCUAUGUUGCGCUCGCUUUUGGAGCAUGUUUACGAAGCUAUUGUCGACGCUGGAGUUAAUCCAAAGGAUUUAGACGGAACGAAAACCGGAGUGUUUGCUACCACAUGCUAUUCCGAAUCUGAAAAUACUUGGAUCAACGAAAGAAAAAUAGACGAUGGUUACGGGCUUAUUGGUUGUAGCCGAUCCGGAUUAGCCAAUGUCGUUUCGAACUUUUACAAUUUAAAAGGACAGUCUUAUACAAUAGACUCGGCUUGUUCUUCCAGCUUGUUUACCAUGGCAUUAGCUUAUAAGAGCAUCAAAUCAGGAGAAUGCGACUCCGCUUUCGUCGCCGGCGCCAAUCUUUGUUUGCAUCAUUUCAUGACUCUGCAAUUUGCCAGGCUCGGAGUUCUCUCGCCCGACGGAAGUUGUGCGCCCUUCGAUGAGGAUACGAAAGGAUAUAUGCGUAGUGAGACAAUCGCGGUUGCGUUUUUGCAAAAAGCAAAGGUCGCCAAGAGAAUUUACUCAACGUUUAUUUAUGCAAAAGUAAAUUGCGACGGCUACAAAGAACAAGGUAUCACUUAUCCGUCAGCCGAGAUGCAGGCAAACUUGUUUAAAGAGUUUUACCAGGAAUGCGGUAUAUCGCCGACAAGCGUGAAGUAUGUAGAAGCUCAUGGAACUGGGACCAAAGUCGGCGAUCCGGAAGAAGUCAGUGCGAUUGAGCAUGUGUUUUGUAAGAACCGAAGCAAACCGCUACUCAUUGGCUCCGUUAAAUCGAACCUGGGUCACUCCGAACCCAGCAGCAGCAUGUGUCAAAUUGGCAAAGUGAUAAUAAUGAUGGAAACCGGCACGCUUCUGCCAAACUCGAACUUCAAACGGCCACGAAAAGACAUCAAGGCUUUCGCGGAAAAGAAAAUAAGAGUGGUGAAUGAGGUAACACCGUGGAAUCCAGGAUUAGUUGGCAUAAAUUCGUUUGGUUUCGGCGGCGCGAAUUGUCACAUCUUGCUACGACCUCACACAAAAUGUAAGGUCAACGGAGGCGCACCAAGUGACAAAUUGCCCAGACUCGUUGCCAUAUCCGGUCGUACCGAAGAAGCUGUUGCGUCGUUUCUAGAUGAGAUCAAGAACCGACCGAUCGAUGUUGAAUUCGUUCGGCUGUUGCACGAUCUUUACGCUAGCGCCAUGAGGAAUCAUCCCUAUAGAGGAUACGUGAUUAUCGAAUCGGAGAUGUCGAACGAGACGAUACAGGAAAUAAAAUAUUAUUCGGACACAAAACCAAUUUGUUUCGUUUUUUCCGGAGUCGGAUCGCAAUGGCUCGGGAUGGGUCAGGCUCUGCUGGAAUUUCCCGUGUUUCGUAAAACCGUGGAAAAGUGCGACACGAUUUUGAGAACACACGGAAUAAGCGUCACUGACAUAUUGAUAAGUAAAAUGGACGAAGCUGUCUUCGACAAUAUAUUGAACUCGCUCGUGGGCAUUACUGUGAUGCAGAUUGGACUAGUCGAUCUCUUAAUGUCUAUAAAUAUCAAGCCGGAUUACGUAAUUGGUUAUUCAAUCGGCGAACUUUGUUGCGGCUACGUGACCGGUAACUUCACAAUUGAACAAGUGAUUUUAUCGGCGUAUUACAUAGGACUGGCGCUGAGCGAAACGAAAAUUGUUAACGGCGCCAUGGCGGAAAUCGGUCUCGAUUGUGAAAACGUGAGGAACAUAUGUCCUCCGGAUGUCGAAAUAAUCGGCAGCAACAGUCGGAAUAGUUGCUCCAUAAGCGGACCGAAAGAAUCAGUGAAAGCAUUUGUAACGAAGUUACAGGUUAACAACGUCUCUGCUAAGGAAAUUAACUGCAGUAACAUUCCAUUUCACACUCGUCAUCUCGCUCCCGCGAAAUCCGCGAUUCUGACGUACUUGAAACGAAUAAUUCCCGAAACAGUAACGCCGAAUGAGAUUUGGCGAAAUUCGGUUUACCACGCGACAUUGAUGCAAACAUCCUGCGCCGAAUAUUUUACUCACAAUUUGUUAACGCCCGUGCUCUUUAACGAAAUCGCGCGAUCGAUUCCCGAGAACGCCGUGGCUCUCGAAAUCGCGCCCGAUGGGAUUCUUCGGGACGUCACAGCGGAACGAUUCGAUACAAGCGUCGCGUUACUUCAGCAAAAUCACGAGGACAAUAUCAAAGUGUUUCUGCGAGGAAUCGGACAGUUAUACAACUGCGGCUCGCAGCCGCAACUAGCCAACUUGUAUCCGGCGGUGCAAUUUCCUGUUAGUCGCGGUACGCCGAUGAUAUCCUCCUUAAUCAAGUGGGAUCAUUCCGACGACUGGUACGUCACGAAUUUUCAAACUCAGAAGAAGUUAAAUUUGGGAGAGAGAAUUGUCGAUAUUGUAUUGACCGACGAAGAUUACGAAUACACAAAGGGUCACGUGAUCGACGGGAGAACCUUGGUUCCGGCCACGAGUUACAUUUUACUUGUUUGGGAAACAAUCGGCAUGUUAACGGGUCGCGUGCUUAUCGAGAUGCCAAUUGUGUUCAAAGACGUUAAAUUUGUUCGGGCGACGCAACUUGCGAAACAAGACGUGGAACUCACAGUAAUGUUGCAGAAAGGUAGCGGAAAAUUUGAAAUUCUUGAAGGGAAUAACAUCGUCGUUACCGGGGUAGUUAAUAUAACGCAAGAUAUUGAGAAGGAAAAACUGCAAAAGCGUUUUCUGCGAGACGACGACGAUAAGAAGGAGGUGAUGACAUCGAAGGACAUCUACAAAGAGCUCAGAUUACGCGGCUAUCAAUACUCGGGUUUGUUCCGAGGAAUAAAAUCCGCGUCCACUGACGGAAAACGUGGUCACAUCAAUUGGCAGGCAAAUUGGGUGACUUUCAUGGAUUGCAUGUUACAGAUGAAAAUUCUCACAAUCGACUCGAGAAGUCUUUACGUUCCUACGCGAAUUGACAAACUGGUCAUCGAUCCGCAGCUUCACAUGCAAAUGAUACGCGAGAAUCCGGAAACCGUAGACAAAGUUUACUCUGUGUUUCCCGUCCGCGUGUACGAUUACCUAGACGCGGUGGUAGCCGGUGGUGUAGAGAUUCGCGGCAUCACGGCAAACGCUAUAUUUCGUCGAAAAUCAACGGCGAUUCCCGUCCUCGAAGAGUACAGAUUCGUUGCUUAUAGCGACCGUGCCGAGAUUUCCUUGCAAAAUGCUGUGAUUUUAUCGACGCACAUCGCUCUCGAGUGUCUUCCAAUGACAAAAAUAACAAUUACGGAAUUGGUUGAGGACGGUGACGAGGUAACGGCGGAGGAAUUACUGUCGCCGAUGUUCUUAGAAACGUUGGGCAACCUGCCGUUGAUUCAACCCAACAUCACGUUCGUAUCCAGAUGCGACCGUUUCAACAAUAUCAACACCCUUCCUCCGGCCAUCGCGGUGUCGGAAUCGAAAACGUUGACGAAGGAAGACAACGCGAUAAUAAUCGCGGGAUUUGAUUUGUUGAGUGAAAACAAGAACGCAACGUUGAAUGAAAUAUUGUCGGCAUUGAAAGACGGUGGAUUUUUGAUGACACGAGGAAAAUCCCUCACGAAAAACGACGUCACAAAGGCCGAGACGCUCGGUUUGAAAGUGAUUCUUGAAAAACGCACGUCGAAAGAGCACAUUACGCUCUUGAGGAAGCAAAUAAAAUCAACGAGAAAAACGGAAGUUGUUUACGUGGACAAUUACGAGCUCUCGUGGAUUGAAAGACUCCAGUUGAUUAUGAACGCGCAGACCCGAUCGAUUAACGUCGCUCAAAUCAUUCUAGUUGCACAAGCGGAUUCGGAAAGCGGUUUGUUAGGUCUGUUGAACUGUUUGAGAAGAGAACCGGGAGGUGAGGCGUUUAAGGGAGUGUUCAUUGAGGACAAAAACGCGCCGAAGUUCUCUCUGCACGAUCCGCUGUACGCGGAUCAACUCAAACUCGAUCUUCCCAUUAACAUUCUUUAUCCGGGAAAAAUAUGGGGAUCGUAUCGCCAUCUUCCUUUGGCGCCUCUCGUGCCGAAGCUGGUACACAACGCUUUCCUCAAUCAAAUGGUUCGCGGUGAUCUGAAUUCAUUUGCCUGGUUAGAGGAUGAACUUACUCCGGAUUGCCAUGACAAAGAUUUAGUUCAUGUGAUUUACGCGCCAAUCAACUUUAAGGAUGUCAUGUUAACCACAGGAAAAAUUAUUCUGGACUUUAUGGCUUCGCGCGGACGACUCGAGGACUGUUACAUCGGUUUGGAAUACGCAGGAAUCGAGCACAACACCGGGCGCCGAAUUAUGGGAAUUUCUGAAAAUAGAUGUUUCACAAAUUUGCGCGUAAUCGAAAGAGAAACGUGCUUGUACAUUCCCGACCAUUUGACUCUGGAGGAGGCCGCGACGAUUCCGUGCGCUUACGCCACAGUUUACUACGCGUUGCUGGUCAGUGGAAAUCUGAAGUUUGGAGAAAAGAUUCUGAUUCAUUCGGGUACCGGCGCCGUGGGACAAGCGGCGAUUAACGUCGCGCUUCACUCCGGAUGCGAAAUAUUCGUUACUGUCGGAACUCCGGACAAACGGAAGUUCAUAAGAGACACCUUCCCGAACAUCCCGGACGACCACAUCGGAAAUUCACGCGACACCAGUUUCGAGCAGAUGAUAUUCGAACAAACCAAAGGCCGCGGUGUAGACGUCGUGCUGAAUUCACUGGCCGAGGAGAAGCUUCAAGCUUCGAUCCGAUGUCUCGCGAGAAACGGACGGUUUUUAGAAAUCGGAAAAUUCGACUUUUUGGCCAACAGCACACUGAACAUGUCGAUCUUGGAGAAAGGAAUUCAUUUUCAUAGUAUUAUGUUGGACAAUGUAUUUAGAAUGUCGAAAAAAGAAAAAAGCGUAAUAUGGUCGAAAAUAAGUAACGAAAUAGAGAACAGAGUCGUCAAGCCGAUCAGCAGGAAAGUUUUUUCGAAAGACGACGUGGAGAAUGCGUUUAGAUACAUGGCGGCUGGCAAGCACAUGGGAAAAGUAAUUAUUAAAGUCCAGGAGGAUGACCCAUUUGUGCCCAACCAACCUAUGCUCGCGCUUCCGCGUUACUACUGCCGGGCGGACAGGUCGUACAUCAUUUUAGGCGGUCUUGGCGGUUUCGGACUUGAAUUGGCCGAUUGGUUGGUGAUGCGGGGAGCGCAAAAUCUCGUGUUGGUCUCGCGCGCCGGAAUCAAAAACGGUUAUCAGCAAAUGAAGGUCGAGCUGUGGAAAUCUUACAAAACAAAAGUGUCCAUUGUGUCGAACCUCGACGCGUCGAACGUCGACGAUUGCGAGUCCAUAUUGAGAACAGCGGAAAAUUUGGCGCCGGUAGACGCUAUAUUCAAUCUCGCUGUAGCGCUAAACGACAAGCUAUUCCCGAAUCACAACGUGCAGACGUUCCAAGAGCCGUUCAGAGGAAAAGCUUGGGCGACGAAGCAUCUGGAUCAACUGUCGAGAAAGUUAUGUCCUCGGCUUCGACACUUCGUUGUCUUUUCUUCGGUCUCUUGCGGCAGAGGCAAUCCCGGACAGAGUAACUACGGUAUGGCAAACUCAAUCAUGGAAAGAAUCUGCGAGAGACGAAGGCGAGAAGGAUUGCACGGAUUGGCGAUCCAGUGGGGCGCGGUGGGCGACGUCGGUCUGGUAGCCGACAUGCAGGACAACGACAAGGAAAUGGUGAUCGGCGGUACGUUGCAACAAAGAAUCUUAUCGUGUAUCGAAAAUCUUGAGAAAUUUAUGUUGCAAGAGCAUCCCGUUGUGGCGAGCAUGGUUGUGGCCGAGAAACGCUCGAACGUUUUAGGAGGAACUAACAUCAUCGAGACCGUGGCUAAUAUUAUGAAUUUAAAGGAUUUGAAAACUGUGGCGCGUCACACACCGUUGUCCGAGCUCGGGAUGGACUCGAUGAUGGCGGUUGAAAUGAGGCAAACGCUGGAAAGAGAAUACGACAUUUUGCUUUCCGCGCAGGAUAUGCGCAAUAUGACAUUUGCCAAACUCUUCGAUAUAUUUAACGUAAAAGAGCAAACAGCCGCUAACACGAUCGACAAGGACGAUUUGAUAGGUUUGAAAAUGCUCGUCCGCAUGAUAGGCACCAAAACUCUGCACCCCGAUAUCUGCGUAAAUCUUUUAACGAAGGAAAGUAAGACGAAGAAAGGUCACAUAUUUUUGUUACCGGGCGUGGAAGGUAAAGCGAGCGUGUUCGAUCCACUGAUAUCGAAAAUCGAAGGUUCAGCAACAAUCUUGCAGUACAGCGACUUUAACAUAGGCGCGAAGUAUCGCCCAAUAAGUGAUAUCGCCGACUGUCUCUUUGAAGAACUUUUGAGCAAAGAUAAAGUGAGAUCAAAUUUCGUACUUGUUGGUUAUUCGUACGGAUCGAUUAUCGCGAUUGAACUAGCUCACAGAUUCGAGAAAGCAAAUUUUGAUGGCCGAAUCGUACUAAUUGACGGUGCACCCAAACACAUGAAAAUAUUGGGAAAUCAUCAUCUUCCAUUCACAACAAUGGAUGAAUUUCAAAAUAAUGUUCUUCUGGCCAUAAUGGAUUCUUUACAGCCGACACUUAGUGGCAAGCUCUUGUUGGAACUGAAUAAAUGCAAGAACUGGGACGAAAAACUGACCGCUUUUAUCACGUCAAUUCCUGAAAAAAAAGAAAAAGAAUCGUAUUCGAUUGAAUAUCAAGAGGCCUUGUGUUCAACGUUCUACAAUCGUAUGUUUGCUCUUUACGAUUACGAUUUGACGCAAACACCAAAAAUAAAAUCGCCUGUAAUACUCUUGAAGCCCACAUUAGCAUCUGCGGCAAUUGAUGAGGAAGAUUACGGCUUGCAAAAGAUUACUGAAGGAGACAUAGACAUACACUACGUUGAUGGAAAUCAUCUAACAAUAUUAGAUAGUGACAACGUAAUAGCGGCGAUUAACGGGGAACACAUCGAAAAUAUCAAAAGAUUCUUGCGGACAGAUAUAAUAAGCGAUAAUGAAAUGUUAUCUGUUCAAGAUGAUCGAACUAGAUCUUAAGAGCGAUUUUUUUUUUUUUUUUUUUUUCAAUAAAAUACAAACUUUUCGAGAACCGGAUGUCGUCUGAUUUUCCUCGGCCAAUCACAAAGUGAUUAGCUCGAGAAUAAGACCCGGGGUCCGGGCAGGUGCGAACAGAAUCGCGAGUGAGUGAGAAUAUAAAAACCACAGUUAAGAAUAAAUUCUCACUCACUCGCGAUAUUUCAAGUUCUACGAGCGAUGCUCUGACGGGCAGAGCCUCUCCGGCCGCGACACUAUUCUGAACGAUUCUGCCCGCACCUGCCCGGACACCGGGUCUUAUUCUCGAGCUAAUCACUUUGUGAUUGACCGAGGAAAAUCAGACGACAUCCGGUUCUCGAAAAGUGCAAUGCAGACCAUUGCAUCUUUUCGGCUGCAUGUGCGACCUUCGAUCGGUGCGUCCUUGAUUCCAGUUUUCCUUUUAACACAACUACACCUAGUAACUUAAAACCCACUUUAAACGAUACUCUAUCAUUAAUUAGUAUAUAUUACAUAAUACCAUAAUACAUAACACAUAAUAUAAAUACAAUACGUGACUUAUAACAAUAUAUUAGUACGUUUAGUUAUAUGGAGUUCUACAAUAUAAACUAUUUUUUUUUUUUUUAAUACAUAAUAAUGCAUCGUACGGUAUAGUUUUAGGCAAAAUAUUUUAAAUAAAAUAAAAAAUUUAUUUUUUACUGCUCUUUUUAGAAAGCUUAAUACACUUAUUUAUAUGUUUGUGUUAAGAUGAACAUAUUUAAUUACGACAUUAAGCUUUCUAAAAGAGCAGUUAAUAAAUUUUUUUAUUUUAUUUAAAAUAUUUUGCCUAAAACUAUACCGUACGAUGCAUUAUUAUGUAUUAAAAAAAAAAAAAAAUAGUCUAUAGAACUCCAUGUAACUAAACGUACCAAUAUAUGUCUUUGCACAAGAAUUCCCUUUUUACCUGCUGAUGUUACACGCACACGUGCAAGAUCCUAUUCACGUGCGUCAUACGUGGGACAUCAAUAGAUGAAAAGAGAACCGACGACGACGAGAAUCGCAUUUAAAAUCUAUACAUAAACUCACACGACCUCGUCGAAAUCAAUAACACAUUAGUUACAUGUAACAUCGCUAAACUAACAAAUAAAGAAUGCAGAAGAGAAAUAUACUUGAUACAAUAAAUAA